ACGAUUACUGUACUUGUUCCCUCUCCUCUUCCUCUCCAGCAAUCUCUCUCCUUCCACCAGCCUCGUCUCGAUAUCGGCUCACGUCCGUUUUCGCUCGCCGGCCGGGAGGAAGAGAGAAAAGGAGAGAGAGAGAGAGAAGCUGCAUAAAAAAGGGGAAGAAAGAAAGAGUGAGAGAGAGAGAGAGAGAGAGAGAGAGAGAGAGGGAGGUGGAAAGAGUGGGUGAGUGUGUGUGUGAGAGAGAGAAAGAGAGAAAAUGUGAUAGAGGGGGUGGUGGUUUCUUGCCGGUCGGUUGGAGGAAGAGAGAGAGAGAGAGAGAGGUAGAUAGAGAUAGAGAUAAAACUGAUCGACGACGAAAGAAUAUAAGAAAAGAAGAAGAGCCGAUAGAAAAUGUGGUGAGAAGGAAGAAGUGUGUUUCUGUGUGUGGUGCAGUGCGGUGUCGUGUUUCUUUUUUUUUUCUUCUUCCACUGGAAAGAGAGAGAGAGGGAGAACGCCGCCGUAUAGAAGAUAAGAGAAGAGGAAAAGAGAAAGGAAGAUAGAGCAUGGCGUGGUCGGAUUUAGCAUGUGUCUACUACUCGCCGUGAUGUGAAAGUCGGCACUGAAACCGUCCGGCAUUCUAAAUUAAGGAAUGGAGGGAACGUGGCAGUGGGAGCAGCGAAAGCACUGCCAUAUCAUACUGCUUAAUCCUUCAUCGUACGUAAAGAAAAACCCGAGACAAGUUGCAGCCAUUGAGAAAAUGGUCAUACGCAAGUACAAUAUCAGCGAGGACGAUUUUAAAAUCAUGGAAACCGUGGUUCUGAAAACGGAGCCACACAAGGCAGGCCAACAAUGGAAGUUUGCGGGUGCUUUCUACUAUGCAACCACGGUUCUCACCACAAUCGGUUACGGACACUCAACGCCAAAUACCAUAAGCGGUAAACUCUUCACGAUGUUCUAUGGAAUCGUUGGAAUCCCGUUAGGACUCGUGAUGUUCCAAAGUAUAGGUGAACGCCUUAACAAGUUCUCGUCCGUUGUGAUACGGAACGUAAAGAGUCUUCUGAAUUGUAAGGAUGUCCAGGCUUCGGAGAUAAAUUUGAUCUGCGUUGUGACGACCUUAUCGUGUCUGACCAUCGCUGGUGGUGCAGCAGCGUUUUCCAGAUACGAAGGGUGGUCCUAUUUCGAUUCCAUUUAUUAUUGCUUCAUCACUCUGACGACCAUAGGCUUCGGUGAUAUGGUAGCUCUUCAAAAGGACAAUGCUCUGGAUAAUAAGCCAGAGUACGUGAUGUUUGCCUUGAUAUUCAUACUCUUUGGAUUGGCCAUCGUUGCGGCCUCCCUUAAUUUGUUGGUCCUGAGAUUCGUCACGAUGAAUACCGAGGACGAGAGACGAGACGAGGCCGAAGCUUUGCAGGCUGUACAGGAAGCAGUACGUUUGGAAGGUGAUGUGAUAACUGCAAACGGCUCGAUAUUGUCGGAGCGAGUCGGUAAUCACGGUGAAACAGUUUCGUUGGACGACGAGGCAUCAGUAUGUAGCUGUCGCUGUACCGGCUUUCAAAAGAAACGCCGGAGACCGCGUUUUACGGUUCGUCGCUCACCCGGCAAGAUUUCUCAUCUCUUACCGAUGCAGCAAUUUUCACAACCGAAUCAACGUGCCGAAUUAAGACCACCCCAGUUGACGCCGUUGUUACAAUUACAAACGUUGCAUCAACAUCGUGCCAGUAUCUGACAACGUUCUUAUGCUUCUUCGUUAAAUUCAAUAGAACGUCAGCCAAGACGAGAGUCCGUCUGAUCGUCCAUAGAAAAGCCAAAAAUUUCCUAUGUUCGAUCAAGGACUAAAAGUCGAUGGCCAAGUAAAGUCGUGUUCAACAAACGUCUCGUCUUGUUCUCCAAAAUUUCGAUGUAAUUUUUAAAGGAGGCACUGAUAUCAACAGUUCAAUUUUCUUCGUGGUUAAAUAAAAAGAUAAGAAAGAGAAAAAACAACAAAGCGAAACAUAAAGGAAACAAACUAUUCUGUCUACCGUGCAGCAGCACCUCGUUCGAACGUCAAAGAUAGAACGUCGGUGGAGUGUGAAACCAAACGCGUACAGCUUGGCUCUUCCUUUCAUUUUCUACUCGGACGAACAUUAUAUACGUUGAUCCAUUAAUAUUUCAUUUUAUCUAUGAUAAAGUAAAUUCGUCUCUCUCUUAUCUUAAAUUAUUAUACACACGUACACUUACUUAUCUGUGUCACGAAUUAUCAUAGUAAAGAUAUCUAUGUUUUCUUUAGAUGAUUUAGUCGGCGAACGAGAUAAUUUUAAUGGGGUGAACUAUAGAAGAGAGAGAGAGAGAGAGAGAGAGAGAGA